UAAUCACGACGGCAGCCGCAUGGAAAAUUCCUGUGGCAGCGUAAGUGGCAUUUGCUUGUCAGAUUCGAAGCCGCUGCUUCCGUGGCUUGCCCUUUCUGAUUCUCUCUGCGGCAGACGGCGCCUUCGCAAUCGGGUGCCGCCACCUUGUUCACGACCCAUUGCCAAUCUGAGCCCGAUCGGAGCCUGCUUUCUCGCGGGUGGGGUGGGGGGCCCGUUGUUGCCUUUUGGUUUUCGUGUUCCCUUCUCUCGCGCAGGUAAUCGCGUGAAUAAGAAGAGAAUAGGUCUUUAGAGGGGCAGGGUUGCCUCGGGAGAAGUUUUUUCUGACGCCACAGUUGGGAAUUUGGAAACCUUUUGGAAUACAAAAGCGCUUUAGUUUUUCAUUAUUCUUCUUCCUCUUCUUCUUCUUCUUAUUUUUUUUCUUUUUACUGUGAGAGGUUAGUGGAUAUUGUCGUGUCCCUGGAAAAAACCGAAUUCGUAGGAGUGUGUUUUGAGAGGUUAUUGCGUGACGGAGGGGGCCACAGAGGAGGGUCAUCCACAGGAGGAGACUUGGGGACUCAAAGGAGGGAGCAAGAGAGGGACGGUUUGGUGCGAGGUCAGGAAAUCAAUCACGUACAGGACAGGUGAAGCGUGGUGAAAGGGUUUGGAGAGUGUGGUGACGGGACUGUGAAACAAGGGCGUUUGGGACUCCGGGGGCGUCUACUUUUUCCUGCGCUGCUGAACGAAAUUUUGGUGAAGGGCUUGCCAACUAGGGGAGGAUGAUGUCCUCACCGUCUAAUACGACUAAGUGGAUGUCGUAUCUGGCCGAGGGUUUGCUGGCCGAGGAUGAGGUUCAGCCCUCUAAUCCGUUUUUUUGGUGCCCCAGUCAGCAUCCUGUCGAGCAAGUCGAUUGCAGUAUUGACAACGAGUGUUCGAAGGGAGAUUCAGAUGUUCUUGAGAAAAGUUGCUCCCGAAAGAGGUCCCGAGAGGAUGCUUGCAGUGGCGCUGGCAACAAAGCAUGCCGGGAAAAGAUGCGCCGUGACCGCCUUAAUGAUAGGUUCUUGGAACUGAGUGCGGCAUUGGAACCAGGCCGGCCACCCAAGACCGACAAGGCCACCAUAUUAAGCGAUGCUGUUCGUAUCCUAACCCAGCUUCGUGCUGAGGCUCAAGGGCUUACAGAAUCCAACAAUCAGCUGCGAGAAACAAUAAAGGAUUUGAAGAAUGAAAAGAAUGAAUUGCGUGAGGAGAAGACACGAUUGAAGGCCGAUAAGGAAAGAUUAGAGCAGCAAGUGAAGUCGAUUAGUAUUCCUACGGGAUACAUGCCUCAUCCUGCCGCAAUGCAUGCAGCAGCAGCUGCUUUCGCCGCACAGACACAAGCUGCAUCAACGAAGGCUGCGCAAAUGGCUGCGUAUCCUGGCAUGGCCAUGUGGCAAUGGAUGCCGCCUGCUGCUGUAGAUACUUCUCAGGAUCAUGUCCUGAGGCCUCCAGUGGCGUAGAGCAAAUCAUUUCAAGCUUUUCCAGGGUCGUUUUUUUCCAAUUAGUGGUUCGAUCUUCUUACUCCUUUGUUUUAUUUUCUCUUUAUUGAGGGGUUGGGCUCAUUUUUCUGGUUUUGGGAACCCGUUGUUCAAAUUUUGACCUCCUCGUCAAACGAGGAAAGGAGCAAUGUUCACUUUGGACUCUGUGAGCAACACCAUUUGGCAUGGCAUUCGGUAAGCCGUGUAUCCAAGUUGCUUUCUCACCAGAUGUCCCUGUAUUUCACAAUUGAUCUACUUCAAUUGAAACAACUUGAGCCUUUCCUUACGGAUCUCUUUCAGAAGUGUACAGAAGUUGGUUCUCCGGCACUCUACCUUGGGAUCGGAGCGAGAGAGAGACCCGCACUAGUUAGCAGGCCCCUGAAUGCGCCUUGUCCUUUGACAAAGUGCUCACUUAGUAAAGACGUGAAUUUUAAUUUUAAUUUUAAGUUUUUUCGUGUCUUUCAA